UCUCAAUAUAUAUACACACACAUACAACCCAACCCAAGCCAACCCAUCUCCAUUCAUCUCUCGGUUCGUCUUCUCUCCCUCUCUCUCUCUCUCUCUCUCUAAAAAUUCUUAAACACACAACACCAACAACAAUGCGGAUAAGCUGUAAUGGAUGCAGAGUCCUCCGCAAAGGCUGCAGCGACAACUGCAGCAUCAGACCCUGCCUUCAGUGGAUCAAAAGCCCCGAAUCCCAAGCCAACGCCACCGUCUUCCUUGCCAAGUUCUACGGCCGCGCCGGCCUCAUCAACCUCGUCAACGCCGGCCCCGAACACCUCCGCCCCGCAAUCUUUCGCUCACUCCUAUACGAGGCUUGCGGCCGGGUUGUGAACCCGAUUUAUGGAUCCGUCGGGUUGCUCUGGUCCGGUAGCUGGUCGCUUUGUCAGAACGCCGUGGAGUCUGUUCUGAAGGGGGAUCCGAUUACCCAGAUUGCGUCCGAAGCGGCCGAGUCUAACAAUGGCCCGCCUUUGAAAGUUUACGACUUUCGUCAUGUUUCCAAGGACGAUAACUCUGCCGGGUCCAACGAUGUUCACCGGGUUCGGAAUCGGUGCCGGUUCAAGAAGUCAGGUGCUGUUGUCAAGCCUAAGGCUUGCCUGGUUAAUGUUGUGCCUGGGGGUGAGUUGAAUCGGUCGACGAGUCACGAGUCGUCGCUGAGUCACCUGUCUCAAGCAGCCGCGGCGGCGGCGGCGAAUGUGGACGGUGAGAGCCGGGAGGUAGAGGAGAGCUUGGAUACUGCGGAGCCGGAUGAGUCGAUUCUGAAGACGAAUGAUUCGUCUGGUGACGGCGAGAUUGAGCUGGAGCUGACUCUGGGGUUCGAGCCGGUUUCGAGAUAUCACAGCGUGAGUCAGGAGAGGAAUGAAGAGAGUCGUCGGCGUGAGUCGUCCGAUGAUAGGAUGGAGCUGGAGCUUGACUAUCCGGUGCGUCCGACAACUCGAUUGGUUAGCUAGAGUUCAGUUUUGAGUUUGGACGGUCCUGAUCAAAGUGAGAGUACUUUGUUUUGUUUUCUGUUUUUUGAUUUAUGGUUUUACCUUUUUGCCCUUUGUGAAAUCGACAUGUACAAAUGUGAUUACAUAUAUAUAUGAAUAGAGGGGACAAACAUGGAUGAGUCACUUGUGAUCUUUUGGGCUCGUUAA